AUUCAGUUAGCCAACUCCCAAAAUGGUGUUCAAAUUGUCCGUCGUGAUCCUGGCUUUGCUGGUUAUAACCAAUGGCGAACACCGUUUCAACAUCGAUACUGAUCCCGUCAGUUUCUACAAAUACAAUUUCUUAAAACACUUGACUUUUAAGAGAGAUGGAGAGACGGAGACGAAUGAAGUAACUAGUCAGAAACCAGGCCAUAUACAUUGCCCGUCUUAUAUGCCAAAAUGUAACAUUAAUCUGCCCCACAAAAUUAGUUUUAAACGAGCUUUGAAAACUUAUAUGGAUUACCAGGAUUUUCUACGAUCAUUGCCACAUGAGAUUAUGACGGACGAAUAUGAAGACAAUGUAAUAGAAAAGUGAAAAAUUAAAACCAACUAAGUAUGAUGAAUAUGCGACCGGUUUGUUAAAAAAAAAUAUAUAUUUGAUUUAUUCAGGGAGUUACUCAAGCUACUGAAAAAAAUACUCCGGGCCCAUAGAUAUAAAAGCGUUUUCACAUUAUCC